AUGCGUGACAAUGUGAAAAAAUUAAGGCUACCGGAUCAUGGGAACUCCCCGAGGAUCUACAACGUCGGUGUCCUGAUGGCCUCCCAUCUGAACAGCCCGUUCGAUCUCGAGAGAUGCGGUCCAGCUGUCGACUUGGCCUUGGCCGAAGUGAACGACUUUCUGAACGUACACAACGUGCAACUGCGCAAAGUUCAAGGAAGCUACCCGUCCUGCAGCGGGGCCACGGCACCAGGUCUGGCGGCCGACAUGCAUUUCCAGGACAACGUGAUCGCGUUCAUAGGCCCUGCCUGCGCGUUCGCCCUGGAACCGGUCGCGAGGCUCGCGGCGUACUGGAACACCCCUAUUAUCACAGGAAUGGGCGAUCAACCACCGUCGGAGGGCGAGCUGUCCGUAACCUCAGGCAUCCUCGGCAGAAUCAAUAAGUGGAAAAACGAAAGCUCGGGCAUUUUCAAGGACAAGAGCAAGUAUCCCACGCUGACCAGGAUGUCCUACUGCCAGUGUCGGCUGCGAUUGGUCUUCUCCAGCAUCUUUAAGGAGUUCGGAUGGUCCCACGUGGCGCUGAUAUUGGACAGGUCCGAUUUGUUCUCGUGGACGGUCGGCAAAAACUUGGAGUACGGCCUGCGCAAAGAUGGCUUGCUGAAGUUUGUCAGGGAACUCGAUGGCAACUCCGCGGACGAGCCGUACCAUUUUUAUCUGCGCGACGCCAGUAUGUACGCUAGAGUGUUGAUACUCAGUGUCCGCGGGACUCUCGUCAGGAAGUUUAUGCUGGCAGCUCAUGACUUGGGAAUGACGAGAGGAGACUGGGCGUUCCUCGACGUCGAAAUAUUUCAGGGUUCCUAUUGGGGCGACCACGAUUGGGAAGUUGGCGACGAGGACGACGCUGUGGCAAGGAAAGCUUACGAAGCUCUGUUACGAGUUUCAUUGCUACAGCCGACUAGCCCUCGGUUCCAAGAUUUCGCGGAGACGGUGCGCCAAAGGGCGCAGACAGACUACAAUUACUCAUUUUCCGAUGGAGAGGAAGUGAACUUCUUCAUCGGCGCUUUUUACGAUGGCGUCUAUCUGCUGGGCAUAGCGCUGAACGAAACGUUAACCGAGGGCGGCGACAUUCGGGACGGUAUCUCGAUCACGAGGAGGAUGUGGGACCGUGACUUCAUUGGUAUUACCGGUCACGUGAGGAUCGACGACAACGGCGACCGCGACGCGGACUACAGUAUCCUGGAUUUAGAUCCCAUCACUGGAAGGUUCGAGGUGGUGGCGCACUAUUUGGGAUUAAACCGGGAGUACAGUCCCGUCCCGGGGAAGAAGAUUCAUUGGCCCGGAGGGAGAGAAGGGCCACCGGCGGAUGUUCCGGAAUGCGGAUUCCUGGGGAACGAUCCUGCUUGCACGUCGAGGACGGAAGCUUACACGUUCGUCGCUUAUACAAGCCUGGCACUCGCAGCUUUUCUGCUCGCUGCUGUCGCUGCCACGUGCGUUUUGUACAGACACUUGAGAUUAUCCGCGGAUUUGAACAACAUGUCCUGGAGGAUCAGGCCUGAGGAGCUGUUGCUAGAGAUAGGGAAACCGUUCUCUUCGAAGAUCAACUUGCACCAAGCGAUAUCCGAGAACUUCGGAUUGGAGCAGCGUAUUAGAAGAGGGUCGCAGCUCAGCUGCGAGUCCCUUCCGCCUACCACAGUUUUCACAACGGUGGGAAUUUACAAAGGCGAGAGGGUGGCUAUCAAGAAGAUCACCAAGAAAAAAGUGGUCGACAUUACGAAGAAGUUGUUGUGGGAGAUUAAGCAAGUACGGGAUGUCACGUCUGAAAACACGGUUCGAUUCAUUGGAGCCUGCCUCUGUUCACCGUCACCGACCGUUUUGAUCCUGACAGAGUACUGUCCCCGUGGAUCCUUGAAAGACGUGCUGGAGAACGACGCUAUUAAGCUUGACUGGAACUUUCGAAUGUCUCUAAUUCACGAUAUAGUCAAGGGGAUGUCCUAUCUCCACGCCAGCGAGGUUUCAGCGCACGGCAAGCUACGAUCCUGCAAUUGUUUGAUCGACGGCCGUUUUGUCUUGAAAAUUUCAGAUUUCGGGUUGAAGACCCUUACCACGCCAUCGGAUUUAAUCAUGGAUGACGUUUAUUACACUAAAUUACUUUGGAUCGCGCCCGAACUUCUGCCGCUGACAGUAACCCCUGGGAGCGUGGCGACUCAGAAAGGCGACGUCUAUAGUUUCGCGAUCAUAUUGGAGGAGAUCGUCGUCCGCGGAGGGCCAUACGAGACCGUGAAACAGUUCAUGACCUCUCAAGAGAUCGUCAGCCGAGUGGCAACGUGCGAGACACCGCCGUUCAGGCCGGAAGUGACACCGAAGGACUGUCCCCCGGAUAUUCUGUCCUUGAUGGAGAAAUGUUGGAACGAAGUGGCCGAGGAGCGACCCACGUUCCACACGAUUCGCGGAACGAUACGGGGAAUAAUGAAAGGCUACUGCGAGAACUUGAUGGACGAUUUGCUGAGGCGAAUGGAGCAAUACGCGAACAAUCUGGAAGCUUUGGUCGAGGAGAAGACGGAACAGUUGAGCCUCGAGAAGCGGCGCAGCGAGGAACUCCUCUACCAAGUUCUCCCCAGGCAAGUGGCUUGCCAAUUAAUGGCCGGCGAGCUGGUGCAACCCGAGCAAUUCGAAUGCGUGACGAUCUACUUCAGCGAUAUAGUCGGCUUCACCGCGCUCUGCGCUCAAAGCACGCCGAUGGAAGUGGUGGACUUCCUGAACGACCUCUACAGCACCUUCGACCGUAUCAUCGAAUUCUACGACGUGUACAAGGUGGAGACGAUAGGGGACGCGUACAUGGUGGUUUCCGGGCUGCCGGAAAGGAACGGCGACGGCCACGCGAGGGAGAUCGGUCUGAUGGCGCUGACGAUUUUAGAUUCCGUGAAAUCCUUUACCAUUAUGCACAAACAGAACGCUCAGUUGAGCGUCAGAAUCGGAGUGCACAGCGGACCGGUUUGCGCUGGCGUGGUAGGCCAGAAAAUGCCGCAUUACUGUCUGUUCGGGGACACGGUGAACACCGCGUCGCGGAUGGAAUCUUCAGGGUUACCGUUGUGCAUACACGUGUCGGAGGCAACGAAAUGUAUACUGGAUAAAUUUGGUACCUUCGACCUUGAACUAAGGGGCGAAGUGGAACUAAAGGGCAAAGGCAGAGUGACGUCUUAUUGGCUGAAAGGUUGCUCGGAACCGAACCCGAGGCCGCCGACUCCGAAAUACAGAAGGCACAGCGCUAGCUCGCCGGAGAACAACUUAAAUCCACUGAUAUUCCCGCCGAACAACACGAACGGGCCGAAAACUAAUAACAACACGUUCAUCAAUCUGUCCGACUCAAAGAAACAACAAAGUGCAUGA